UUUAACACCAAAAGUUUGGGUUGCAACUAGCUGGUGAAUUCUUUCUUAGUAUAAAAUGUGUAAAGAUCCACGAUAUUUCCUUGAAAAGUUGCCAAAUACUAUAAAACAUUACCCAAAUGCCGUGCGUGAAGUUAAACUAAGGCAUCUAGUGCUUGAAUUAAUUCGAUUUCCUAUACGUGUACUUCGUGUUAUUGUAAAUGGCACUGUACUAUUACCAUAAAAAUCAGUGUUUCCUAAAGAUACUACGUUUCCAAAUCUCUUGGAAUUAUUUACAAUCAAUUGAAACAAAAAAGUAGCGAGUUUUAAAGAGUCCAUGUUCAACAGUUUUCGUUGUUUUGGUGUAGUUCCGGUUAUUUUCAUUACAUAAUUUAUUUUUGUUUCGUUCAUUAUAAAUGAACACCAAGCACAUACAUGAUCUAACUCUUCGUUUAUGUCAAGCGCUCGAUCAGAAUUAUGAUGUGGUUAACAUGGAUGCAGUCAUGUCGGUUAUAUCAACCUUGGAGGGAACAACGAUUACAAAAGAGCAAUUGGAGACCACCAGAUUGGCAAAAUUUAUUAACCAUUUAAGGCGUCGUACCAAGGAUGAGCAUUUAGCACGCCGUGCCAAGUCUUUAUUAAAGAAAUGGCGCGAAAUGGUGGGAAUACAGCAACAGCAAUUUAUUGACGCCACAUCAAUUACCUCAUCUGUAGCUUUGCCGUCUGUAUCUGGCCAUAACAAUAUUUCGUACCAACAACAAAGGUUGCGAUCGCAGUCUAUUUCUCCAGCUGCAUCAUCAAUGCACAUCGAUGUGACACAACACCAAUCGAUUUCCAAUAGUAUCCCAGUCGUUGCUGUAUCUUCUGCCAUCACGGAACACAUACCUCGGGUCACAAAUGUAAUAUCGGCUUCUUAUAAUAACAAUAAAAGGCUUUCAAAUAUCGAAAGCCAAAAUGAAAAAGCGCCGGAUGCAUCCAUCCAUGUUAAAAAACAGCCAACAAGUUUUGAGAAUGUUCUCGUUGGCUUUGGCGUUACGGAUAAAAGUAAUGUGGAUAUAUCAAGUAAUAAUUCGGCGUUUCGUAAUAAAUUAAAAAAACAACAAAUUGUAAUUCCGCCAGACACAGAAACAUUUAUAAUUGACCAUUCAUCAAAUUCAAAUUCUGAAAUGAGUUUGAUGCUCCCACUGACCAAUCGUUCUGCAAAUCUCGGUCCCAUUAUAAUUGAUAUACAGGACUCAAAUUCUGGUUCCAAUUUAGUUACUCCUAUAUCUACCAAUAUUCCAAUCAACACUAAAAUACAAAUACCUAGACAAGCUAAAGCAGAAUCGUUUAGUUUAGAUAAUAUACUCAAUACAGCGACAUCCCUCUCACCAUUAAAACAGACAAAGGAAAGAAAAGAAAGGAGAUGUAAAGAAAAAGGUGAAUACGAUGUUCAAGGAGAAAUUGAUGCCUUCGGAGAUUCAAAAGCUGCCACUGUUUUAUUAGAAGAAACAUCAAAUCAACAACAUCAUCGUCAGUGUGGUGAAAGCGACGAGAAAUAUUCAUCUUUUGCCAAUGAAGAAAAGUCUCGUUUGGCAUAUCCAGAAAUUCUUUCGCUACUGGAUAAUAGUUCAAUGUUCCCUCCAGAAAAUUCUAAGCAUCCAAUUAAUGAACAAAAUAAAGUUAAUUGUUCUGCAAGUAAUAGUAAUCGUACAUCCUUUAACUUGUCAACAUCUGACUUAACAUUUGCUGGUAAAUUCAAGCCAAGUAACGCAUUGCUUCCAACAACAUCCAGUACCGAUGCUGUUUUAUAUAAUACUCGUCGGACUGUCUCACCAAAAAUUACACAUGUAAACAACUUUUUACAUUCUGGACGCACGACAUCCAAAUUUGCACCAUUUCGCGAUAUUGGUUUUAAUUCAAAUGACAGCAACUCCUUUAGUCAAGCUUCACAAACAGAUCUCAUCGAUGUGGUUAGUAAUGAUAAAAUGAUGCCUGCUCAUCGAAAGCACGACAACUUGAAUUUACAGAAUAGAGCUGUUCCAGCCAUAAAUGUGCCAACACCACAACUAGUGACAACAUCGAAUGUCCCUUCAUCGAAAUCACAGCUUUCGAAUAAUUUUGAAGUAGCCUCGAACGCUCCGGUUUCGCCAGAGAAAAAAGUACCAAGAAAGCGUGGUCGCAAAAAAGGGUCAAAAGGGGUUGAUUCUGUUAUUGCAAAAGAAUCUAGUCUUUCAUCCCAAAUGCUGAUAUCAUCACUGGGUAUGGGUAGUAAAAAGGUUAAAACUACGAAAGAGCUGUAUACUGAAAUGCAAAAUCGAAAGCUGGGCAUAACGACUUCUUCGCCUUCACCGUCUUCAACUGGGUGGCAAAUGUCACAGCAGGUACAGCAAACAUCACGCCCAACAUCAUCUUGUUCAGGCAUGUAUAAAUAUAAAAUUAGAUUGUUAAUUGAAACAUAUGUAUAUCUGACAGACCCGUCAUCAAAUCAUUAAUCGACAUAUCAUAACAAUUGUGCAAAGCUGUCUUUAUGCAUGCGGUUACGCUAUAUUGUUUAAUCUUAGUCGAGAUCAAGGCCUCAUCAAAUAUAUAUAUGUAUAUAACCUUAUAUCUAUCUCGUUUAGUUUUAUAUGAUACGCACAACCAUUAGAUGAACAAAAUUAUAAAACUCCGUAGCAACGGUUGCAAGAUUAUAAAGCUGAAUCUAACUCGUUAUGUACCGAACCGCAAUAGAGAAAGACGUGAAAAUUUGCACAGGGGGCCU